ACGAAGGUGAUUUCAAAACAGACAUUGACCUCUACGAAAAAGCAAGACCUGGGUACAGCAAAGAAAGUGUAGAAUAUCUCCUAGAUAAGUUAGGAGCUUUAAAUGAAACCUCCAAGCCUUUGACGAUUCUAGAAUUYGGAGCAGGAACUGGGAUGUUUACCSGAGCGCUUGUKGACGUUCUAAAGAAUGUUCGAUCAAACGUUCGAAUCAUUGCAAGCGACUCGCAGGCUUCGUGGUGCGAAAAAUUCAAGCAAAAAGURCCUGGAAUUGAAAUAUUGCAUUUUAAAGCAGAGGACAUCAAAUUGCCUGAUGCAAGCGUUGAUGUAGUMAUCGUUGCACAAGCAUUUCAUUGGUUUUCAAAUGCUCAAUCAGUGUCUGAAAUCCACCGUGUACUGGUCCCRGGGGGUACGUUUGGAAUGAUUUGGAACAUGAGGAAUUAUAAAGUGGACUGGGUUGGUAAGACUCAAGAGAUUAUUGAACCAUUCUUGAGGAGAGAGAACACCCCACGAAUGMUAGACAAUGCUUGGAUGAUUCCUAUUAGAGACAGCAAGUUAUUCAGUCAACUUAAGGGGACUAAAGACCUGUAUCUCUAUCAAGAAGGCUCCGAGGACGACAUGGUUAAUGUUAUUAUGUGCAUUAGUUGUAUUAAUAAUAGUAGUGCCGACGAGAAGAAAGAUGUUGAAGAGAAAGUGAGAGAAGUAUUGUCCAGCCAUCCAGAUUUGAAAGGCAAAACAGUUUUCCAGUUGCCAUAUGUUAUACCAAUCUACUGGUGUAGAAAACUUUGAAGCAUUUAUUAUUGUCCAAAAACUCAAUUAUUUAUAAUGAACACUACCUYAUACUUCUUUCAAUAGUUGAUACUGUAAGUCCGAAUAAAAUGUUAUCAAACAAGUCAAUACAGUAACAAUUUACCGAGUACUUUGAGUUUUAAGCAGUUUUAAUUUUGCAUGGUUACAUAUAGUUCAAUUUACAGAUUUCAUAAUUGCAAUCUAUAAUCACUAAUAAGCGCUAAUACUAAUCUGUCAUACCCCAAUGUUCCUCUCAAGACAGAAAUGAUGAAUUGUAAUAUGAAUUGUAAUAAAGUAAUCAGGCAUU